CAAAUACAUUCAAAAUCAACAUGGUGGAAGCGCUGUCGUUCCCGAGCUUCUGCUCGCUAAUGGAGGCAGUCGUGGGCACGAGCAAACCAGAAGCCAAGGUGAAGCUGAUCUUUAGCGACUCUUUUCGCAAAUCCUUCGGCCAUGCGUCGUUGUAUCCUCUGCUGCGGCUUCUCUGUCCGCACUUGGAUCGGGAGCGAACGUACAAGCUCAAGGAGACGAAGAUCGCCAUGAUGUAUGUGGAUCUUCUGGGCCUCAGUCCAACGUCGUCGGAUGGUAAAAAGUUGUUGCAUUGGACGGACCCAACAAUCGUCACGUCCCGCGCCGUGGGCGACUUUGCGAUGGUGUUGCAAGAAGUGAUGCAGUUCCGCACCGUGAAGCCUCGGGCGGACGAGGCACCGCUCACGGUGAAGGAUGUCAACGCCAUGUUGGAUACGCUGAGUGGACAGGACAAGGAUGCACAGAAGACGGUGUUUCUGCACAUCGUCACACAUUGCAGCGCCGACGAGCAGAAGUGGCUCGUGCGUAUCAUCAUCAAGGACAUGAAGAUUGGCCUUCGCCACGAACGCGUGCUCCAGUUCAUCCACCCCGACGCAGUCGAGAUGUUCAACCACACGAACGACCUUCAAAAGGAACGUCCUUUCAUCCUCGUUGAAUGACAUGACCCGAAUGAGUACAUAGGUAUGCCAGGAGCUGACCAACUCGAUGGUGCGCUACGUGCCGCAGAUCCAGCCAUUUCAAGUGUUUACGCCCAUGCUGGCAAAGCGAGUAACGUUCGGCGAUUGCACCAAAGCCAUGAACGGCAAUGACUUUUACAUGGAGCCCAAACUGGACGGCGAGCGCAUCACAUGUCACUUGCAGCAAAGUAGCAGCUCCAACACAACCCAACGGCAUAUGCAGCUGUUUUCCCGUAACGGUGUCAACUAUUCAGACAAGUACGGCCCGUGCAUCGAAGCGUACGUGCAAGCCCAAGUGCGGCCAGAUGUCGAUUGCAUCUUGGAUGGCGAAAUGCUGGUCUGGGACAGCGUCGAGUUUCGAUAUCAUCCGUUUGGCUCUCUUAAAACUGUCGCCAGUGAACAACCCCAAGGCAUCAACAAGCACCGAUGGCUGUGUUAUGUCGUGUGGGACGUCGUGUAUCUUGGCGGGUCCGCUGCUCCUGCGUUGAUCCAAGAAGCGUGGCCUUUUGGGGUACAUACCACCAACAUCAUGGGUCUGCCGUUGUCGGCGCGGCUGACACUGCUGGACCGGAUCUUGAAAUCUGUGGACCAUCGGGUGGUGCGUAUCGAACAGACGUUGGUCCGGUCCACGAUGACCGCCCAAGAGCGUCAUGACGUGGUCAUGGCGGACGUCGAUGCCAAGCUAGCCGCGGGCUUUGAAGGAUUGAUCUUGAAGGAUGCGACGUCGCACUACAUGUGUGGGGAAGUGAGUCGGCGCAGUCAAAAGUGGAUCAAACUCAAGCCUGAUUACGCCGGCAUGACCCAGCAUUUGGACGUGUUGGUGUUGGGGGGGUAUUACGGCGAAGGCCAGCGCCGCGGCGGCGCCGUAUCUCAUUUUCUGCUCGGCGUGCUGCAGCACCCAAUCGACCCAAACCAUGUGCCCAAGGAUAUUCCAGUGGUCUCGUUUUGCAAGGUUGGCACGGGCUAUUCCCUCGAAGAGCUCGACACGUUGCGGACGCAGUUGGCUCCGCACUGGCGUCCAUGGGAACCCAUCAGCGACAAGCGCCCUGCUCAUUUUCGAGGGUGGGCCCCCAAGGGCGAUGUACGACCGGAUGUGUGGCUACCCCCCGACCAAUCCGUGUGCAUGGAGGUGUACGGGUUCGAGCUGACAUAUUCGACGCAGUUCCAGACGGGGCUCACGCUGCGGUUUCCUCGGCUUAAAGCCAUUCGGUACGACAAACAAUGGCACGAGUGUCUGACGCUGUCGCAGCUAAACGCGUUGAAAGGGCAGCAGUUGGGCCAGAAGAAGCGCGCCGUGGACGUUGUGCUGGGCGAGCAAAAGCCAAAAAAAAGAAAAAACGAUGCGGAACGCCGCCGGUCCACGCUCGAUCGGGGGCACGUGGGGGUGUCCAUCGAGUAUUCCCAAGCCAACAUGGACAUUGUCGAAGCACAGUCGACGAUUUUUCAAGGGCUGACGUUUUGUGUCUUGCCUGGGAAAUACGACGCCAAGGGCGUGACCAAGGCCACAAUAGAGCAACUUUUGUUUGCGAAUGGAGCGACCAUCACUCAAAACCCCCACCCGAAGCUCCACGACCCCCAGACCACAGUCAUUGUGGCGGCGUCAGCUGACGGAGUUAGAGUCGGCAAUUACAUCAAACAAGCUACGUACAACGUCGUGUACGUUGACUGGAUCCUGCGCUGCGUACAAACCCAGGUCCAAGAGCCUUGGAAAGCAACCGAUUAUGUGUUUGCAAAUCCAGAAACUACAGCGACGCUCAAGACCCUGUACGAUCGGUACGGCGACUCGUUCACGGCGCCCGUGACAGCAGACGACUUGGCUACGAUCCUGUCAUCGGCGGCAGUGUUUGCAACCAUCGAUAUGUCCAUGGGUUGGCAGAGGAUGCUCAUGGAUCAAGACGAUGAGACCCAGGAAGCGAUGGAAACUAGCGGCAACUUUCUCUGGCGGUGCGUCGUGUAUGUCGAUAUGGCGGACGAUGUCCACAUGCAUCACGUUGCGCAAUGCGUGCGGCUCUACGGCGGCGUGGUGGAGCCGGCGAUCGUGUCGACGGUGACCCACGUCGUCUUGCCGGAUGGGACCCGCACGGCAGAACGACUGGACGCGGUGCGGCCGGGCAUCCAGCAGAUCCGGCGAUCGGGGGGACGAGAGCCCGUGGUCACCACCGCCAAGUGGGUGCGCGCAUGUGUGGAAGCCCUCGAACAGGUGGUUGUCGACGCCCAGUUUCACAUUCCUUGCUAACUUAUACAAGUG